UCCAUUACGCUGUGUGAUUUGUAAUAAAUGUCUCGAAGCAGUUGCGCCCGUACAGUGAAGCGCAUCGUUCUUGUAUGAUGGAUAAUCCGAGCUAUGGAUCCGCACACAUGUCUUCGCCAGCGCUGGUCGUUUUCUCGCAAGCAACGAAUGGAUUAAGUGACGCCUUGCGCAUUCAACGCCCUUUUCAUUCGCAACUGCCCGACGCCAAGGACCUGCACCAUCUCUCACUGAUGAGUGGCUACGGUGCACACCUCCUGCACGGUUUCCAGCCCCACUUCCUCCAUCCGCUCAAUCCGGCCGUUUCGACCGCGAGCGGCACCAGCCCAUUCAGUGGCGGCGGUGCAUUCGUUAAACCGUUCCCGUCCAACCUGCCCCUUCCGUCGGCCUUUGCGCCACCGAAAUGUCUCGGGUUCGGCAUCGAUCAAAACAUUUUCUCAAAGGGACUCCUGUUCGGUUCGUCCGGGUCGGGUUCGGAAUCCUUCCGGACGGACUCGUCCAGCCCAGCCUGCACAUCACUCUCGCCACCCGCCAAGGACGAAUCGCUCGAGGGCCAAACGAGCGAGGAUGGUGACCGCGAGCGGGAUCGUAUCUGUAGCCCGGAGCGGAGUCCCGAAACACCCGGAUUUAGACGAAUUGGUCCACCGAAGAAAUCGUUCGUCGGUACACCACCACCAAACGCGUGUCCCAUCUGUGGCGUUCAGCUCUCACCAAGUGACCUGGAGACCCACUUUUCUGCGGAACUGUCGCGGCUUACGAAGAUGACGACGCACGCGGAACGGUUGGAGCUUCGGCGGACGCUCAGCGUCGAUCUGCACGCCGUGCAAAACAAUCUUCAGGGCCGAACGAGCCGCUGGGAGACGUUCAAAAAUAUUCGCAACAAACGUCAGGACCGAUUGCGCGGUAAGCUACGUAAGCGGAAGUUUGACGGUGAGGAUGGAUUUGGACUGCAGCUGACAAACAUCAACUGCCAAUCGUGUCCGGUGUGUCAUGGCCGGUUGCAACGGACGCAGGAAGAGAUAGCGCAGCAUAUCGAGGAAUGCGUCCGAAAGACUUUUACUACUCUUUAUCCUAUUCUCAAGCAACAGCAUCAGCAUCAACAUCAGCAGUCGCAACAGCAACAGCAGCAACAACAGCAAGCGACUCCGCCAUCCUUACAUGCAUCACACCCGCUCCAUCCUCAUCAUCCUCACCAUCAUCACCUUCAACAGCAGCAGCAGCAGCAGCAGCAAACGUCCCAACAGCAAGCGUCACAACCCGCCAAUCAACAACCUUCACCGCAAGACGAAGACGAAACAGUCGACGUAGAAAGUUACGGUGAUGAGACAUCCAACGGUGCGAUCAACAUGUCCUCGAACGUGAUCCAUCACACCAGUGCGGCCAGUAUGCUCCAUCAUCCUGGUAAUGCCACCAACAACAAUAACAACAACAUCAUCAAACCAGACAAUCCAGCAAUGACAAAGCUCCCGCUGGAGGAGAGUGCGAUCAGUUCACUCUCGUCGAUCGUACCGCACUGGGACAGAAAGUCUCGUCUAACGAUCCCACUUAACUGCAAGCCUGCCAUCGGUGAUGAAACACGACCCUGGACAACGGUGGUAAAGCCUCGGCUCUUGGGUCCUUUCGAUGGAGGUCCUGGUGCCGUCUCCCAGCAAGCGUCCAGCGUUCCUCCAUCUGCUGCUGAUCACUCGAUUACGCGAGUUACACCGACAAGUAGCGAUCAGCGCAUCGACGUCGAUUAUGAUCAAGAGCACGAUCACAGCCAGGACAUGGUGACCGACAACGAUGAGGAAGUGAUCGUCGACAACACGGAUGAUGAGGAUUGCAUGAAACGACCCCGACCGGGACAGUUGACCCAGCUCAACGGGCACGGUCCACCGGUGGCAAAUGGACUCGGAGAUAAGAACAGCACCGAGGAAGCAACGUCAUCCGUCGAGAUCGAUUCUGCAACCGAUUCGAUGCCAUCGCGAACGGCCGGCACAACCCCUAACUCGGACUCGUACGUCAGCACCUCGGAGUCGGCCGAACCGUCCUCGAAGGCGCAGGUCCUUGAAGAGCUUAAAGCCCGGAUACGGGAACUGGAGGGUUCACCGCACUACAAGUGUUUCAUAUGUAAGGAAAAAUGUAAAACAUUAAUCAUAUCGAAAAUAUGUGGCCACUAUCUCUGCGAGGAGUGUUGGAUAACGGAAUCGGAAUCGUCCAAAUCUUGUCCACGGUGCAAGAUCAUUACAGCGAAUUCUGAUUUUAGAAAAAUUCAUGCUUAAGAAAACGGCGCUAAGUAGAACUUUUUUUAUUUAUUAGAUAACAUAUUAGUGUAUUUAUUGCUAUACGAU